UGUCGACAAGCUCAGAAAGUCUUUGUAGUCGCUGCAGUCCAGUCCGAAUAUUGCGCUCGUCUGGAAUUCCAGUCCUCAACUACGAAAUUAAAAGGAUUUAAAAAAGAAUGAAAUUGUUACUAGUGAUAUUGCUAGUGAGUGGAUUACUGAUUGGAGAAAGCCAAGCACAAGGUCCUUUUGUUCGAUUCUUUGGCAAUCUAUAUCUGAACCUUAGAAACACCAUCAGAAAUGCGAUCGGAAUCACGUCCACAUCGACGGUUGUCAGCUCCACAACGAUACAGACGACGGUGACUGUGACCGUCGUACCACCUCCAGAUGUUGCUGAAGAAGAAACCAACGAGGAAAUAUUAAUAGAUUUCCCCAUUCUAAUCAAUUCGCAAUUAGAAACAAUGGAUACAGGACCAACCUCGGAAAGCGAAGUAUCAACGACUACGGAAAGCGAAGUAUCAACGACUACGGAAAGCGGUUCGGAUGCGACUACGCAGAGCAGUUUGGAGUCAACUACGGAAGAAGUCAUUAUAAAAAAGGUUCCGAUCAUCGUAGAUGCUGUGUCUGAUCUGCCCGAUCUAUCGACGAUAAAUGCCGAAGUGGAGACAUCGACGAUCAACACCGAACUGGAGAUAUCGACGACAGAUCCUCAAGUGGAUCCAACCACUCCUUUCCCUGAAAAGGACAACAUUGAACAAGAAAUCAACACGGAAAUGCCUAAACUGGAUCCAGGGGAUAUUUCAGCUAUGGAAGCCAUGGUAGAAACCCUUUUGCAAACACCUACCACUACGGUAGCUAGCCCAACUACGCCGCAAGAUGUUCCAGACACCACGGAAACUGAACCUCCUGUCGUUGUUAAGGUCGUGCAACCGGUUAAAAUCAUACCGACAGAGGUGUCUAGCACAACGACAUCUUCCAGCACCCAAUCUGUUAGGACUUCCACAACAUUCAGUACUUUGGCUCCGAAGAGAACAAUUCAUUUCACCAGACCUAGUUGGACACCGACGUUCUUGAAAUUAGCCAAUCGAAAUAUCGCUUCUUCUCGAUACUUUUUUCCGGCACAUUUCCGACGACCCAAAGGCGAAGAUUUCGGAAUUGACGUUCAGGAAGAUGACAAUAUCUUUUUAAAACCAUCUAGAGUGUUACCGGUGGAGAGUUCCAUAGGUCCACAGAUGCCUUACGUCGUCAAACGUCACGUCACCAUUGAAUCUUCGUUACGGGCAUCGCAGCAACAGCAACGCAAGACGGUGUUGGUCACUACGGCAACAACAGAUUAAAUUAAAUAUCUAUUUAUUGUUCAAACAAAGCAUAAGCCGUUUCAUGUUGAAACUGCUUCACCCAUUUUACCAAUUGUUAUAUUUAUUUCCAAAAUCAAAUUUACAAAAAGAAAAAGAAAAAUUUCGUUACAUAAA